CGCUGUGAGUGAAGCCAUGGUAGGGGAAAUUAAAUCGACUGAAGCGUUCGCAGUGGUUACUUUCGGUAUUACGGGGGGCUAUUAUUACUAAAAUUGUAAGCAAGUACACGUGAGAGUAUUUAUUUUGUUUUAAUUUAAAUCAAUUAAAAAAAAAUGAGACACCAAAGUUGUUGUGUCGUAAAUUGUAAAAAUACCAGCAGAAAAAGUGAGUGCAAGUUUUAUAAAUUUCCGACUGCUCAAUGGAAAAAAAAUCAACGGAAUCAGUGGAUAGCUGCAGUUAAAAGGCUGAACGCUGACGGAUCACAGUGGGUUCCCAAGCCAUGUGAUUGUAUUUGUAGUGAUCAUUUUAUUGGAGGUAAGAAAUCAGAAGAGGAGCUAAGUCCUAGCUACAUUCCAACUAUAUUUCCUUCAAUUUACAAGUGCUCAAAAGUAAAUGAAUCCUCUGCGUUAAACAGAUAUAAACGCGUAAUGAAUCGGCGCAUGAAAGCACAAUUACCUUCAACAUCAAAUGCUGAGUCCAAUGUUAUAGAAUCGGUAGAAGUGAUGACUGAAAAUCCUCCAGUAGUGUCUUCAAAAGUAGACCAAGAGUGUCAAAUUGAUUUUUAUUCGAACUCUGAUAUCAAUUCUCAAACAUUUACUUGCAAUCGUUAUGUCAAAGACGAUUUAUGUCAUGCUGAAACUCAGACAGAAAUUGUUGAAGAUACUAGGGCGAUUAAAAUUCAUAUUGGUAAUAAAAAAUUUGUAGAUAAAGAAUGUGGUACUCCUAAAAAACCUUUGUUGAUAAAGAAAGUCAAGCAAACAGUAAACAUUUCAAUGGAUUCACAUCGGUGA